GGCGGGCACCGGGCCCCAGGGGGGGGCGGCGGGCACCGGGCCCCCAGACGGGGGCGACGGGCACCGGGCCCCCAGGCGGGGCGACGGGCACCGGGCCCCCAGGAGGGGCGACGGGCACCGGGCCGCCCAGGAGGGGCGACGGGCACCGGGCCCCCAGGAGGGGCGACGGGCAUCGUGCCCCCAGGCGGGGCGACGGGCAUCGUGCCCCCAGGCGGGGGCGACGGGCAUCGUGCCCCCAGGCGGGGCGACGGGCAUCGUGCCCCCAGGCGGAGCGGCGGGCGCCGGACCUCCAGGAUGGAGCGACAGGUCUCGGGCCCUCAGGCGGAGCGGCGGGCGCCGGACCCCCAGGAGGAGCGACAGGUCUCGGGCCCUCAGGCGGAGCGGCGGGCGCCGGACCCCCAGGAGGAGCGACAGGUCUCGGGCCCUCAGGCGGAGCGACAGGCGCCGGACCCCCAGGCGGAGCGACAGCGGGCAUCGGGUCACCAGGCAUCAGGUCAUUUGGCUCGACAGCGGGCACCGCGUCAUCUGGCAAGGCAGUGGGCUCCGAGUCAA